UGAUCAGAACAUAAUAGGCAAAGUAAAAGAAAUUAGAAGAAAUAUAAUUUUAAAGUCGGAUUAAUAUCUGGAAACUCACAAUUCGGUCAUUGAAUAAUUUUUCAAGAUAUUUUAUAAAUUUCUUUGACGUGUAAGGCGAUCGUGAAGUUCUAAAUUUAAGUAGAAUUACUUUUUUUUUUAGUUUUAUUUGUCAAAAUCCACUUAUAAGUUAUUGAGUGAUAGUGCGUGUUUUAAAAAAAAUCUCAACAAAAAUGGUGAAGUUUUUGGAAGUCUCCUUUUGCUUUAUGGCGUGUAUUUUAUUAGCCGUUAAUGGAAUGGAAAUUUCUGAAGCUGGUUUAUCUCUGGAAGAAGGAGCAAGUUGUAAAACAAGAACCGGUGAACCAGGAGUUUGUAAAUUACUAACAUCUUGCAGAGAAUAUUAUGAAGGAUUAAAAAACAAAACCAUGGAAUACGAUUUUAUGAUUCGUUGUUCAUUUAUUAAUAUGGAUGAAGUUAUUUGCUGUCCAUCUUUCAAUGACAAUCCAUCCGAACUUUCUCAAUUACUAACCGAUAAAAUUGCAACAGGAACACCCAGAGAUUCUAAACAGGCAAAUGUGACAGAGAAGACACAAAUCAGCGGAAUUGAGAGACCAUCAGUGGCAGCUUGUCGAAAAUACAGUGCCGAAAAACUUGGUUUUCUCAUCCUUUGCAUCCCACUCCCCGUUGUACCUGGUGAAUAUCCCCAUAUGGGAGGUUUGAUCUAUCCUGUCGGUGACGGUGUUGAAUAUCGAUGUUCGUCAUCCUUGAUAUCAGAGCGAUACUUAUUAACAGCCGCACAUUGUGUUACUCAUCCAGGCUCGGUGCCAACAUUUGUUCGAUUAGGUGUGGUUAUGUGGAAUAUCACCGCAGAUGACGAAGAUAGUGAUGGACUGACUCCAGUUGAUAUUCCAAUUGAGAACAUAACAAUUCACCCACUAUACAAUGUUCGCACUCAGCACCAUGAUAUCGCUCUAAUUCGACUGAACCAGGAUGUUAAGAUCAGUGCUUUUGUGCAACCUGCAUGCCUUUACACGGACACCAAGGAUAUCGAUUCAAAUACUAAUCUAGUGGUUGUUGGAUGGGGUGUUACAGAUGUUAUAACUCGAUUGCGGUCGCCUGUUCUUCUUCAAACUAAUAUGACAACAGUACCAAUAAAUAAAUGCAAUUCUACACACAUUGAUUCUUAUCCAACUAAAAGUUCCUUUAAGGUUGGGCUAAAUGAAGGUCAAUAUUGUGCAUAUGAUCCAAAAUUGAACAAGGAUGCUUGUGAUUCAGAUUCUGGUGGUCCACUUCAAUUGGUUAAUAAUGGAGAAUCGACAAUAGUUGGAGUUGUUUCAUAUGGAAUUUCAUGUGAAUCUAAAUUUCCAUCAGUUUAUACAAGAGUGGCAUAUUACUUAGAUUGGAUUGAGAGUAUUGUUUGGCCAGCAGAGUAGAAUAAAAAAAAAAACAUUGGUCAUGCUCGACACAUAAAGUCAAAACUUAUUCUAAAUUACAUCAUAAUAUCCCGUAUGCAUAAAAAAAUAGUAAAUACUAGCAAUAUAAAAUUAAUAAGUGCAAAACGUGGAUAAAAAAGUUCAUACUUUACAAUUU